AUGUCAAACCAGCCCGUAACUAAUCAUUCUGACGAAGAUUUAUUCAUUCUAGAUAAGAAGAAACAAAAAGAGUAUGAAGCCCGUAAAGCUGCCGAAGAAAUUCGAGAAAUAGAAGCUAAGUACGCCGGAGAAUCCCUCACAGAGUCCUCUAGCGAGUCUUCCUACGAAGAUUCACCCGAAGAGAACAUGAAGAUCCGCCAACUUCUUAUCAGCUUAAGAAACAAAGAAGAUAGUAUUGCCAUCAGUAACUCAAAUGCUAACUUAGAUAACAACAUAGAUACCAAUUUAGAUACCAACUCAAAUACUAAUACCAACUCAGAUACUAAUACCAAUACUAAUACCAACUCGAAUAACAACUCGUAUCGCUUGAAGGACUUCUAUCGUGAGCAGACACUAGCACAAAUGAAGGCUGAGAAGACUGAAAAGAAGUUGGCUUACUCGCCGGACCAAGCGGAUUCUUUGGCGGCUUUUAUGACAGCGGCUGAGUCGGUUGAGGGAGUUGAGUUUUCGGCUGCCCCAACUCCAGCGCCGGGCUUAACUUUCACUCCGGAUAUGGAUCCUAAUGAGUUCUUAGAUGCGUAUGUUCUGGGUGGUGGCUGGAAAGCUCCCACCAACCAAACGGAUGAAGCUUUCUUAGAAGAGGAUUCAGAAGAGAUGGAAAUGGCCGACUUGUUUGAUGCUUCUGCUCCUUCGCUUAUUACUACUACUAAAGCACCUGUGCAGCAGCGUAAGCGCAAAGAACUCCGAGCUAAAAUGCGUCGAAGAGAUAAGGAAAAGGAAAAGGCUGAAGAUCUUAAACGGCUUAAGAAUCUCAAGAAAACUCAAUACUCAGAACGACUUCAACUCUUACAACGUGUAUCUGGCCUUAGUAAGCGGCAAAUUAAGAAGCUUACUUUGAAUGCUGAUUAUAACGAAGAGACCUUUACUGAAACUCUAAACAACUUGUUUGGCGAAGAGUACUUCCAAGAACCCGAGCCAGAAAGACCCAAAGUAUCUGGGACUCUUCCCGAGGCGGCAGAAUUAAGAGAAGAUGAAGAGGCUGUAGCCAGUGGGACUUUGCCCGGAGAUCGAACUAGAGCCAGACAAAUCCAAGGCAUUCUUCGUGAGCUCAAAACUAUUGGUACAGACUAUGCUAAACUGCAAGUUUCAGGUGACUUUGCCUAUACGCAAGUACCGGGACCAGAUAUGCCACUUUCUAUCAAAGAAAUUCUAGCUAGUGAUGAUGCAGAGCUCCGCAAAAGAUUCCCUUUAAAGAAACUAGCGCCCUAUCGCCGUGAUAGACACUCCCGCCAAAACUCUAACAAUAGAUAA